GGCUAUGUGGGGUCUAGAGGACCACAUGGCGCUAAAGGCGAGCGUGGCCAACCGGGCCGAGACGGCACGCCCGGGCUUCCAGGCGCGCACGGUCGCCCCUCCGAAAAAGGGGAAAAAGGUGCUCGAGGUCUUCCUGGACCCCCGGGACUAUCUGUACCAGUCGCAUCAGAAAAUUCAGUGCCAAGUGACGUCACACACGGGGAAGCAGCUCUUCUUAAAGGGAUCAAGGGAGAUCGAGGAGAAAAGGGAGACAAGGGCGAGAAAGGAACCAGAGGUAUGGAGGGCCCCCAAGGUUUUCCUGGUAACGAUGGGAAGCCUGGAGAACGUGGAGAUAUAGGACCGUCUGGUCUACCUGGAAGUCAAGGCCCAUCAGGACUGAAUGGGCCCAAAGGUGACAAGGGUGAAGCCGGCCCUCCAGGACCAGUUGCGAUAUCUAGAGAUGAGGCCUUAAUACUGACGAAAGGUGACAAAGGCGAGUCUGGCCCAAGAGGUAAACGUGGGCACCCUGGACCCCCAGGACCCCGUGGACCUCCGGGAUUGCCAGGUCCGCCAGGUACACCAGGCAAUAAUGGAAUAUCGGGCGAUAUUGGGCUACCUGGAUGGACGGGUCCACCGGGUGCCGCCGGUCAAACAGGUCCGCCAGGGCCGAAAGGGGAAAAAGGAGACCCUGGAAUUAGCGCACUUGACUUGGAAAAGGUAAAAGGUGAAAAAGGUGACCGAGGUUUCGAUGGCUUGCCUGGUCCACCAGGAAAAGAAGGGCCCAGAGGCCCUGCAGGCCCACCAGGUUCACCGGCAACAAAUAUCCAAUAUAUCUCAGUACCUGGCCCCCCUGGGCCUCCUGGACCUCCGGGCCCACCUAGUAUUUAUCCAAACGAAGUACCUGAUGCUUUGACUGAUACUCCAGGAAUUAAUCGUCUGGAGCCGGGCACUGCUUACCGCGAUCCAUUGGAUCCUCUGGGAGAAAGUGCUGAUUUUGAAGACGAUGACGACGGUAGAACAAUUGUUGGGACCAUUCUGUUCAAGACUACUGAUUCUUUGAUUCGACUUGGUACGAAUAGUCCGCUUGGCACUUUGGCAUACGUCAUCCAAGAGCAAGCGUUGCUUGUACGGGUCAACAAUGGUUGGCAGUAUGUUGCUAUGGGGUCAUUGUUAGCCAUUCAUACUCCACCAGCAGGAAGCCCAACACGAACACCUUUACAAAAUAUAUUGGAAACUUCAAGCCUAGUACAUCAUAAAAAUCCAGCAGUAGAAGGACCUGUGUUACGUCUAGCGGCUCUAAAUGAACCGCAUACAGGUGAUAUGCACGGAGUCAGCAGUAGCAAUUACGAGUGUCGAAGACAAGCUCAGCGAGCCAACAUGGAUGGUACUUUCAGAGCAUUCAUAUCCUCAAGGGUUCAAACAAUAGACUCCAUAGUAAGUUGGGUAGAUAGAGAAAUUCCAGUAGUGAACACCAGAGGCGACGUGCUGUUUAACUCCUGGGGCGAGAUGUUUGAUGGCUCAGGAGCGUUAUUCGCUCAUGCUCCCAGAAUCUACAGCUUCAGUGGGCAGAACGUUCUUAUGGAUCCUUUAUGGCCAACAAAAGCCGUGUGGCACGGAGCGAACCCCAAUGGAGAGAUAGCGAUGGACGCAUACUGCGACGCAUGGCACAGCAGUAAUCCGGACAAGUACGGACUUGCGUCUUCGCUUCGCUCCAAUAAGCUUUUAGACCAGGAAACAUACUCGUGCAGUAGUCGACUGAUUGUUUUAUGUGUGGAAGCAACACCAGUAGAUACAGUGAGAAGAAAAAAACGAUCUAAGUAUCGAAACUCGGCAGAGAAGUUACAGUUUUUAAAAGAUAUCGAAGAAAGAAACGAAACUAGGCUAAAAUUAUAG